AUGACUCAGCGAAAUGCAUUUGAUAUUAUUGUGACAAGUAUGAUAGUCCUAUUGCGUCAGCUGAUACAGUUAGGCGGAGAUGGAAAUGAAAUGUUGGGUGAUGUUCAUGCAGUCAUUGUUGGCAGUGUUUGGCAGUUUUCAUCGGUGCGGUGUGAUUUGUUGUGUGAAAUAGAUGAAAUAAUGCAAGUUAACACGGAAGAUGUCACAUUACCAUGGGGCAGGGAAUCAGAUCCAUUGGAUAGGCAGACGGGUCAUUGGCGUAUGGCUGUUUUUCAAGAUGUGCAAGAAAGCAUAGAUCGGUCUAAGCUUUAUUUUCUCUAUGAUCCCAUUGCUGAUGAAAACUCGGGAACAUCGGGCCCGCGCAAAGGCGAACAAAGUUUAGUUAUUUUCGACUUGUACAAGCGUUGUUUUAUUCGAGAAUUAUCUCUUUCUGGAUGCGAAGGGACAGUCAAAUUUCUCUUCGCACUGAAAUGUCCUUCAUCUUUUGGUGGUUCAUCUUUUGUUGUUGCUUCUACUUCAGAAAGAUAUGGGCAAACUGCGUUAUUAUUGUAUCGGAUUGACUUGACACAAGAUGGAUUUUAUUUGGGAAGCGAGCCAAAGCCACUUCUAACAAAUUCAAUUCCAUUAAAUGAUGCGUUUAUCGUUUCUAUGCGUGAAGAUGCACCGGAAGUUGUUCUUAUGACUAAUCCUGGUCUUACUAUUUGGCGUAUUAAUUGUAUAAGUGAUCAGCCUAGUGGACCAGUUGAAUCCUUUUCAGUUCCAUCAGCUGACCUCAGCCAUUAUUAUGAUGCUUUUUUGAACCAAGGAAGCGUGUACUUCUUAUCGCAGUCACCUGAUGGACAUUUUGAUCAUUCUCGAAUCCAUAUUCUGGAUAUCAUGGGGCAACGUCAGUUACGUACUGUGAUGUGCAAUCCUGAUCCUGUACGUGGCGCACCUUGUGCUCGUAAACGAGCCGCUAUCGAUUCUUUUGCAGGUCACUUGUUACUUGCCGGUGGUGAAGUUGAAUAUAAUUACUCAGUGUCUCGUCUUAUCGAUUACUGGGUUCUUAACUUUUCAAAUUUUACAUGGCAUCAGAUCCCAGCACAAAUGCCAAUACCUCUGAUUGAACCUCGACUUACUACUACCAAUUCAGGCAAGUUUGGCACAUUCCAUAAAUUAAUGUUCUUGAGCAAUGUCUAUCUAUGGGGUGAUUUUGAUGAGCCAAUACCAGGUAUAUCAUCCGCAACACAUUUACGUAUUUUGAGAGUGAGUGGCUUUGAAAGUAUGAAACCACCUCCUUACAAUGAAGCAUUGGAAAAGUCAACGUCGCUUCCAUUUCCCUCUCAUGGGUCACACCCUAUGGUCACUACUAGCCAAGCAUAUCCAAGUCUAGGCUUCGCACAAGUGGGUGGUGACACAAGCAAUAUGCCUUAUCCUCAGAACAAUCUUCAGUAUACUCAAAGUAACGUUCCAUAUCCACAGAAUCAGCCAUUUGUUCCAACAGGACCAACAGCAUAUCCUCAAGGACAGCCAUUACAAAAUUACUCGGUUCAGCCGUCUUUCCCAUCUGGAAAUAUUCAGCACUAUCCGCAGCAAGGUGGUCCAUCCCAGCAACCUUUUGGUGGUGCUCCGGGAAUGAACCAGCAAGCAUAUUAUCCACCGGAACAGAAACAGAACUGUUCCAUUCAGUAA